AUGAAUGCCACUGAUAGAACUGUGCUUAAAGCUACCGCCAUGUCAAUAGAUAAUCCUAAGCACAGCACCGAGCUUUACCAAGCCAGUCUGGAUAUCGAACCUGCCUGUGCUAUAGAUGGUAAAGCAAUCAGCCACGGGCUCUCUUUCGCCACGGGUGGUGGCGAAGGGUUAGUGCCGGCUCAGGAAAUCACGUCCUUGUUAGACGGCAUCAGGGACUUUUUCGACACGAAGGAUAACUGCGAUGAGACUUUUCUGUUCGCAUAUAAUAAGAAUAUCGCGGCUAGUCUUCAUAUUGGAGCUGGUUUAGGUGAUCCCUUCACAGAUCCUAAGCCUGAGCCCCUAAACAGAACCCUGACGGGUCUUGCGCCGUCCAUCUUAUCACCGCAACUGAUACAUAACUCUGGUCCACCCGCGGUGUUCUCCCGUAUCGGUUACUACGAAUCAUGGAAUAUGGAGCGCGAAUGUCUCUGGCUCAGCGCAAAGAACGCAAAUACUGAUGGAACGUACACGUAUAUCCACUGGCCAUUUGCUAAGAUUGAUCCAGCGACCUGGUCUGUGGUGAUCAAGGAUCCGCAUGGUCAAUGGUCCGCUUUCAAGGCUUUGCCUAAUGUGAAGAAGAACGUCUCCUUCGGUGGCUAG